GACGAACCCGGAAGUCGUAUUGUGUUCUGGGGGGCGCGGCUCUGCCUCCUCCUCCUGUGGCGUAUCGCGCAGCUCCAUUCAUCUCGUUUCACUUCGCCCUAAACAUUUUGAAAAUAUUUACUUUGAAACGCGAACUCUUGAAUAUUAAUUCGUCUCAAAACUAAAGUCUCUGAAUUCAACGUGUUGUGGUUGCGCCACCUGACCGACGAUGGAGGGACCAGCCGCGCCGACCGCCUGUCAUCAUGGCUUCUGAGGCUGACUUGUUGAUGAAAGAAUCCAUCAAGAUGAUGACCGAUAUGAUCGUGCUGUGCAGCACGCUGGCUCUUUCGCUCUCCUUCUGGUUCAUCUCCAUCGCCAUCAGCAUCUACUCCGGAACCCUGCAGCCAGUGUCGCCGUGGCGAUGGUUGUUCUCCAUCCUGGUUCCUCUCAUGCUGACGGUCCGAGGGAUGAAGAGACGCAGCCUGAACUCCUCCGGAGCCUUCGGAGCUCUCCUCGUGGGGUUCGUGUUGACGAUGGCCAACUACAGCUUCUUCUCCGCUCUGCUGGCCUUCUUCAUCACCUCCUCCAAACUCACCAAAUGGGGAGAAGUUCAGAAGAGGAAAAUAGACUCAGAGUACAAAGAAGGCGGCCAGAGGAACUGGAUCCAGGUCUUCUGUAACGGAGGAGUUCCCACAGAGCUGGCGCUGCUUUAUAUGAUCGAGGUGGGUCCGGGUGAGAUGGCCGUUGACUUCAGCAAACAGUACACGGCCUCCUGGAUGUGCCUCUCUCUGCUGGGCGCGCUCGCCUGCAGCAGUGGGGACACCUGGGCGUCGGAGGUGGGGCCUGUCCUCAGCCAAUCACAGCCCAGACUCAUCACCACCUGGGAGGAGGUCCCAGUCGGAACAAAUGGCGGCGUCACUCCCGUCGGACUGGUAGCCAGUUUGCUCGGCGGGCUUGUGGUGGGCGUGGCCUACUACGCCACGCAGCUCUUGUUGGUGGACGACCUGAACAUGGCGCACCCCCAGUGGCCGAUCGUGGUGUACGGCGGCGUGGCCGGCCUUCUGGGGUCGCUGCUGGACUCUUUCCUGGGAGCUCACAUGCAAUACUCGGGCUUUGACGCGAGCAUCGGGAAGGUGGUGGGUUACGAGUCCGCCACCACCCGGCGGAUCUGUGGAAAACCGAUCUUGGACAACAACGCGGUGAACCUGUUCUCCUCCGUCAUCAUGGCUCUGGUCCUGCCCGGGCUGGCGUGGGGGAUGUGGCCGCGAUAGACACGCCCACCAGCCGCCGAUUACAAAGACAUUUGAGUCGCGUGUGAAACACAAAGACGCAGACACUCGGUUCGUGUGUUGUUACGUGAUGGACGCGUAGGAGGAAACGUUGACGUUGUUCACACAUUCACCCAACGACGCCACACACUGACGAUCAUUGAACUGAAUUGUCUCAAUUGAAAUGCUGAUUAACCGAUUUCUGCUAAAGUCACAACACUAAUUUAUUAAGUGUGAUGUUUUCAAAUGAUCCUCAUUCUGUGCGUUAUGAAAUUACUCAAUUAUUUAAAGAAGUAUUCCUAUUUUUCCCUGAUUUAAUAAACUGUUCCAUUCUG